AUGUCUGACGCCCCAGUCCUGAUCGUCGGUGCUGGCAUCAGCGGCCUCGUUUUGGCUCAGUAUCUCCAGAGUCAAGGAAUACAGUUUGAGAUCUUCGAUCGCGACUCCGCUCUGGAUGCUCGCACGGGUGGAUGGGGUCUGACUCUGCAUUGGGCAUUGCCUGCUCUGCGCGCACUGCUCCCGCAAAAUCUGGUGGAGCGUUUCCCGGAUACCUUUGUGAACAAAGAGGCCUCUGCGCGCGGGGACGUGGGGAGCUUCCAAUUUUUCAACCUUAAGUCUGGAGAGGCACUGUAUAGUGUACCUGCCGAAGAGCGUAUUCGGGUGAAUCGCGGUCGGCUGCGAGAGCUUCUUACUUCUGGAAUUGACGUCCAGUGGAAUAAGACAUUGCAGAGCAUUGAGUCCUCUGAGGACAGUAUCACGGCUCAUUUUGAGGAUGGCUCAUCCUGUACUGGCCGGCUCUUGGUCGCUUCUGACGGCGCUCGAUCGCGUGCCCGUCAGAUCUUGUAUCCAGAUGGGUGUCAGAUGAACUCACUGCCCGUGCAGCUUCUUGGAGCGUCAACAUUGUACACGACCGAGGAAAUGGGCGGAGUUCAGUCCAUCGACCCGUACAUCUUCCAGGGGUCACAUCCUGAUACGAAUGUGUUUCUCUUCUUUAGUUUCCUCGACACCCCGAACAACUUUGACGAAAGCAGCAAGGACCGGUACCAUGUUCAGAUUAUUGUGUCGUGGGCUGAUGAGAAAGACAUCGCCGUGCCCAAGGAGAAUGCCGAUCGUAUUGCCCUCAUGAAGAGACUUACCGACAACUGGGCUGAGCCAUUCCGCUCUUUGAUCCAGAAACUUCCAGAGGAUACGGAAGCACGCUCUAUUCGUAUUGAAGACUGGAUGUUUAGUCCCAACCAUACUCAUAACCACCCUCGUGCAGUACUGAUGGGUGAUUCAGCUCAUACUAUGACCAUGUUCAGAGGCGAGGGAGCCAACAACGCCAUCGUCGACGUCCAAGAUUUGAUCAACAAUGUGGACAUGAAGAACCCCGCUUCUUUCAACUCUGACACAUUAUCAAAGUUACUUGAUGCUUACCAGCAUGAUAUCUUUGCCCGGGUUGAGCCCAGCUUCCUUAAUUCUCGCCAGGCCUGCUUGGAUGCUCAUGACUUCUCAAAGAUACUGGCUGGUAGCCCGCUUGUUGCACCAAGAUUGCUGAAAAGGGAGACUGAAUGA